UUUCAAAGCACUUCUAGGAGACACCGCUGCUCGCACUUUCUUGAAACAUUCGCAAGAGGCAAUGCAUUCCGCUUUACUUGCGUCCCUCAUCGCACUGGCUUCAGGCGCCGUCGACUACAGUGGCAGCGCGACGUUAGAUGAUGUCACAGCCUUCUUCAAUACGGAUGCAUUUAUUAUAUUGCUUGUUAGAAGUUACACGCACAGGAUCAGAGGACACGAACCGAUAUGUAUCUAUAACAGCAAAUACACACUUUUGAGCAAGACGUCACUUAUAAUUCACCACCACUACGUGUACUAUAUCAAAGAGCAUGGUUACGGCUUUGGUUACCCUGUACACUAUGCCCUGUCGAGGCAGCCAGGAAUGGACCUCGCCCCUUUAAUGUGGGCUACCAAUGGCACGAACUUCUCAAGAACCGAAAAAACCUUUUCAGAAGACAAAAACGGAAGAAUGUAUUCUUUCAACUACUAUGACCCAGAAACGAAGUGCGCUGUUAUUACCUUCACCGACAACUCAUACUCCACCAAGUGUGAGUUGUACGUAUGGAAAGGAUCUUACGGCAAGCCAAUAGAAAACUGCAGACGAGAGUACCUGUACCGCUGUCCAGAGCAUACUCAUUAUUACCCGUCUGAAUCGAAACGCUGUCCGUGGAGCACAAUAAAUAAAAUCACUCUAACAUAUGUGCUGCCUGCAUUGUACUUUUUGCGAGAGCCUUGUUUGUUUCGGAUAUUUUCGACGGCUUAA